AUGAUGGUUGGUGAUCGUGAUGAUAAUGGUGGUGGUGAUGAUAAUGGUGGUGAUGAUAAUGGUGAUGAUGAUAAUGGUGUUGAUGGUGAUGAUAAUGGUGAUGAUGAUAAUGGUGAUGAUGAUGAUAAUGGUCAUGAUAAUGGUCAAGAUAAUGGUCAUGAUAAUAGUCAUGAUGGUAAUGGUGAUGAUAAUGGUGAUAAUGAUGGUGAUAAUGGUGAUGAUAAUGGUGAUAAUGGUGAUGAUAAUGGUGAUGAUAAUGGUGAUGAUGGUGAUAAUGGUGUUAACAACAACAUUGGUAUUAACAACUGUUCAUUGGUAUUAACAACAACAGGUAUGGUUUUAAACUCACAAUAA